AUGCUUCCAAAGAAUCUCUCGAGCACAUAUCAGCAGUAUAAAAACUAUACCGACUCCAUUGCUCAAUGGCUAGCAUCAACCGCCAGGAGACUCGGGUACAUCUCGUCCAAGGCAAAGAACUCCAAGAAGCAAGCCAAAGCCUCCAAAGGACAGCACACGUACACGAUCGCGAUCAAAGACUGGACAGUUCUCGCGGAACACAUCGCGGGACAGGAUGAUCCGCCAAUCAAUGUGCCGCGUAAGCUCGCCGCCCUGCUCGACGCUACAAUCGCUCUACGACAGUCAUACUCCGGCGUCGUCUCCGAUGCAUUCGAGGACACCACAGCGAGACGCGACUCGGAUGACCGCCAUGCCUUCUUCGUGAGCGUUUUGAAGAAGGUUCGUGAGAUAUUAGCUCCAAGGCUUCCAAAGGAAUCUGCAGUCCUACCGGAUAAGCCCAAGGACAUUGAAGAGGUCAUCAACGUGUUCGAACAUCUUGAGUUGGAAGAGCCUUCAGAAGAAUUCGAACAAGCUCCAGAUGUGCAAGUGCCAUCCGCCGGUGCCGCAGCCAGACCAAUCUACAAGGCCGAGCGUCUGGAUGACUCUGAGGAGAGCUUCUUUGCCUUCUAUCUCUUGCUUCACGAUCUCAAUAAACUGCGCACAGAAGUCACUCGCGCUUGGGAAGGCUACAAGCAUGGCAUGCACGACAUUGUGGCUGCCUCAAUCACGACCAACACCGCCGUUGAUCUUGCCCGGGCAAUGAUAGACGACUACAAAGAGAUGUUUGCCAAACACGGAGGAGCGCACAGGAUGCUAGAGAUGUACUAUGCAGGGGCCUGCUUUGCUGAAGGCACCGAUCCAAAUUUCAGAGCGCGCCCUGAUGACGAAAUCAACUACCGGAUGUACGAUCUCGCGGAGGCUAUCUUCUGGACAGCCUCUUCUCUGUUGGGUGCGUUCUGUGGUGUGCUUAAAGCCUAUCCGACUCCCGAGAUGAAGCUUGGAUUUUAUGGGGUCUACGAUCCUUCCAGUGACCGACAGAAGAAGAGUGAUAGGGAGAAGCUAAAGGAGGACAAGAUCUUGCUCUUAGAGAUACUCCCCGAAUUCUUCUACUUCUCUGGUUUCAACGAGAAUCCGCCCGCGGAAGACGAGUUGACGAGGCUCCUCAGUACGAUGUUCCAAACCAAGCAAGUAACACUGCCACUGGUGUUUGCUACCACGCUGUUCCUGGACAUCCACCACAUCCUGCGCGACCAGGUAGACCUUGGUUUCAAGAAGCUCGCAGACGCGGCUGAUUUCGCCCGGAACAACAUCAAUAUGAAUUUGGACUUCCACAAGGACAUCCAGAUGGACACCUGGCCGAAGCGAAACGACGACGCUUUGCAGCAGUUUGUCGGCUUUGUGCAGAGAUGGGUUCAAGAGGAUCGUCAGCGCAAAAUCGCUGAACGGGCAGGCCGCGUCAACAUUCCGCAACCCUACCAUCUCUUCCGAAAACACCCCUGGUCGUGCGGCCUAUGGAAAUACUAUAUCCAGAUGCGUCAUCACGAGAUUAGCAUCACCUUCGCCAAUGCGUGGGGCGGCAUCAUGUCCUGCGCGCAUCUGUACAAUGCCGUUCAGAAUGAGAACAUGUUACCGGAGAAAUGGAAGGACAUGGAUGUCGCCACCAGCUUGCAAGGCCGGAACGUUGUCUUCAUUGGCGAGGCGCCCAAGGACCCGGACGACUGCCUCAAGCGGUUUGCGAUUGCCAUGGGCGCAUCGGCGGUGAAUAUGGCGAAGUCGAAACGCAAGAAGAAGGGGCUUGUCUUGUCGAAGCGCGGGCCUCAAGGUCUCAAGGAGCUUGGAGCGGUAUUGCAGAUGUUCAAGGGACGGUACUGCAACAUGAAUGGGUGUCGCGAUCUCAGGGCUGAAGAUGUCGAGAAGAUUAUCGAGAAAAGCAACUGGGAGUACGAGAUGGAUGAGAACGACGGGUCGACAACUAUGGUCAAGGACAUCGACGCUACGCCCGCGAGCCAGCAGAAAAGCAGGAAGCAGCUCCCCGUCGCCAAACUGCUCGGACUGCUCCGGGACUUGCUUCAUGCCGAGAUGGUAGAGAUCUCCUUCGACUAUCUCAGGCACCAUCGGCAGUGCUGGCGCUUGCUCCGCGUAGUCAAAGACCAUUGCCGCGAUCAACUCAUCAGGAUUUACGGGCCAGGUUACAUCGAGAAGGAGAGCCAGCUUCCCUUCAUCGUUGGCUAUGUCUUGAUGACCGCCUCGUCCACUAAACAGUUCGGAGACCUGCUCAAGGCCAAGUUACCAACGGCAGAAGUGACGAGCGAAGUGUUAUUGAGCGCCGCGAAUGCCCUUCAAACUAUGGUUGCGACUGGUGCUGGCGAGAUGAUAGUCAGCAAGAUAUUGCCAGAGGGGCUGGGAGUGCAGAUUGAGUUUGAGUCUGGAAAGUGAGCAUCGCUAUCAUGCAGAAUUUGGAAGGCAAGGGUAAGAUAUGUCGCUC